CAAUGUUAGCUGAGCGUGCGCAAACGACGUGGAUGUUCAUGUUGCAUGUGGUAGGUUUCCUAACCUCGCCGCCAUAGCGAUUUUUAUCAGCUCAAGAAGAAAAUCUUUGCCGUUCCAUUUGCUCCCUUCUGUGAUUAAGUAAAAUGAUUUUAUUAGAAAAUAUAAUUUAAAUCAUCUCGUUGUUUUUGUCCGAGGAGCAGAAUAAAAGUAAUUUAAAUUAAUUAUACUUGAACAAGUUAGCUGAAAUCUUCAGACAACAUCAAAAUGGGUCUAACAGGAGACCAAGGUAACGAUAAUGUUGCAUUAGAUCUUCAAAGCGGACAUAGCAGUGAUAUUCAAAAUAAGGAAAAGAAGCAGUUUAAGUGUGACUAUCCUGAUUGCCAUGCUGUGUUUACACGAUCUUUUACAUUUAGAAAUCAUAUACGAACACAUACAGGAGAGAGGCCUUACAAGUGUAAUUAUCCAGAAUGUACAAAAUCAUAUACAUGUUCAUCUCAUUUAAAAAGGCAUAUGGAAACACACAACUGUAUGAAAAAAGUAUACAAAUGUGUAAAAUGUUCGAUGAUGUUCAGUUAUUCUCAUAAUUUAAAACGUCAUUAUAAACGGAAUCAUAGUGAAAAGAUCUGCAAGGAAUGCGGCAAGACCUUUAAUAAGAAAGAUAAGUUUGUUAAACAUCAAGCUAUACAUUCUGCAUCUGAGAUCUACAAGUGCGAUAAAUGUGGCAAAAGUUAUCAAAAUCGCAGUAGAUUUAAAAGCCACUUGAAAAUGCACGAGAAGCGUUAUUCUUGUUCAAUACCUGGAUGUUCAGAGGAAUUUGAGAACUGGAGUCUUCUCUGCAAGCAUAAAACAAAACAUGUAACAAAUUAUACAUGUGACACUUGUGGCAAAGUUUUUCUUAAUAACGUUAAUUUGAAGCAACAUUCUGCAAUACAUUUGGCUGACAGAUUGAUAUUUCCAUGCCCUUAUAACGAGUGUCAUAAAUUUUAUCGUACUAAAUUUAAUUUGCACAAUCAUGUCCGGAUUAAGCAUCUUGGAGAAAAAUUUUAUUGCAAUAUAUGCACCAUGGGACUUUCAUCAAAGCAAAGGUUGAAGGAACAUAUUCAACAUUAUCACGAAGUCAAAGGAGAAGAAAGUCACGAUCAAAUCACGAAGAAAAAAAAGAAUAUACAGAAAAGAAAACGGAAAGAUGCUGGUGUACCGAAGAAAAGCGUUCUAUCUACUUUGAUUGGAUUGGACUUGCCACAUGAUUUAGAAAAAAUGAUGAUGAACCGAGAAACAAAGAUAAAUGAUACAAAAUCGGAGAUAGAAGACAUUACAAAAAAAAUAAAUACUAUAGAUUUCUCUUGAUUAUCAUUAAGAAUAUAUAUAUAUAUAUAUAUAUAUUUGACACAAUAAUCGUUUUAUUUCGAAGUGUAUAUUUGACACAAUAAUCGUUUUAUUUCGAAGUGUAUAAACGUAAUGAUCUCUGACAAAAUUGGAUAAGAAAUAAGGAUUACGAUGAAACGAAAA